AUAACAGAACUCUGUUGACUUUAAUUCGCGUCGACUGUUAUUGAGCAACACAGCUGUUGGGGAAAAAUCAAUUUUGCAAAUCCGUCUGUGUCUGUGCAUAUCUGAUUUUUAAAGGCAAAAGAAAAGAUGUCCUCUAGCGCUGACUGCUUCAUUGUACUGCCCGCUAACUGUGCUGCUGGUUCGCUAAUCUUUGGCCGCAAUGCUGAGGACACCGACGCUGUGGGCGGUGUAGGCGUGGCAACCGAAGUCUGCUACUAUGAUGUCAGCGACGUGCUGGAGGGGAAGACUGAUGGCGGCGCAGCAUUGGAGCCGGCUGCCGACACUCUACGUGUCAUAUUGCAAAAACCCAAACCCGGUGUUUGGGGCGGCGAUUUCGGGGCCAAUGAGCGGGGCGUGGCUAUUGGGCUCAGCUGGAGCACUGGUCAGGCAGAGGCCAAGGACACGGAUAGCUUGCUGGGCUCCGACAUAGUCCGCAUUGCGUUGGCCACGUCCAGCGAUGUGGAUGCUGCUGUGGAACGCAUUGGUGGAUUGAUUGUGAAGCACAGCAACGACAGCAGUAAAUUGAAUAUUGUGGUAUGUGAUCCAAGUGCAGCCUGGAUUGUAAGCAGUGCUGGCAAAGUUUGGGCUGCUGAGCAGCUCAAAGAGAGUUGGAAACGUUUACCCAGCGGUGGUCUGAGCGUAACCCAGACCAUUGACAAGUCCAGCGAGGGUCUGGACACGUCUGCCAGUUUUGCGGCUGCCCACGAUGCUGAGGCUCAGGCGCCAGCAGCGGAUUGGUGCGGUCCCAAGGCCGAAGGUGGUGAUGCGAGCUUCACGCAACAGGAUAUGUUCGAAACACUACGCGCUGCGAGCAGUGAGGGUUCCAGGGCGGCCAGUGUCUCGGUUCUAAGUGCUAAGGGCAGUUCGAUAUCGUGUCAUUGGUUCACUGGCACGCCAAAUGCCGCCGAGUCGGUGUUCAAGCCUUUUGUGUUUGCGCCUAAUCCGCGCAUUUCUCCGUUAACGCAGGUGCAGCCGGAGGCGGAGCAAACGCUGUUGCAUAGUUUGCAUGCCAACCGCAAACCGGCUGCUUUGGAGCAUUUGAGGAGCUUGGAACGCUCGUGUGUGGAUGAGUUGAACAAUUACUUUUCGCUGCAGGAUCAUGCCAGUGAUGAGCUGGAUGAACUGCUCAAGGACUGCGUUGAAGCCGAGGUUAAAUUCUAUCGUUAGACUCUCAGAAGACUCUGCUCAACAAUUAUUCAAAUAUUCCAAAAAUGAAACUAGCUUGCAAAAAUCACGCGACACCAAGGCUCUUUUGAGCAAGUUCUGCUCUCUGAUUCGAUAUAUACAUAUAUGAUUCGACUUGUGCAUUUUAUAUUGUAUUCAUAAGUACAUC